AGGAAGUUUAAACAGCACGCUUCAUGUUUAAGCCCACAUGAUCACACGUUACAGCUGCUGUCGUCAGUAUUGCACAUCGUAAAUGCCGACGACUGAGCUGCCAUGAUGGCAGGAGGCCGGCUGAGCUUCAGUAAAAUCACCGCCCUGGCUCCGAUGGUCCGGGUGGGGACUCUGCCCAUGAGGCUGCUGGCUCUGGACUACGGAGCUGAUGUGGUUUACUGCGAGGAGUUGAUCGACAUCAAAAUGGCCCAGUGUCAGAGAGUGGUGAACGAGGUGCUGGAGACGGUGGAUUUUGUCGCCCCAGAUGAUCGAGUGAUGUUCAGGACCUGUGAGAGGGAGAAGGACAGAGUCGUCUUCCAGAUGGGGACUGCUGACCCGGACAGAGCGCUGACAGUGGCCCGGCUCGUGGAGAAGGAUGUGGCCGCUAUCGAUGUGAAUAUGGGCUGUCCAAAAGAAUACUCCACUAAGGGCGGGAUGGGAGCUGCUCUUCUGUCAGAUCCCGACAAGAUCGAGGCGAUCCUCAAGAAGCUCGUUGCAGGAGUUUCCAUACCGGUCACGUGUAAAAUCCGAAUCCUUCCAUCGUUGGAGGAGACGGUCAGUCUCGUCGAGAGGAUCGAGAAGACGGGCGUCGCUGCUAUUGCUGUUCACGGCAGGUUCAAGGAGGAGCGUCCCCGUCACCCCAUCCACUGUGAUUACAUUCAGGCUGUCGCUCAGGCUGUUUCCAUCCCUGUUAUUGCCAACGGAGGUUCUCUGGAUCUGGUGAAGACUCACUCUGACAUCGAGGAGUUCAGGAAGGCGACGGGCGCCUCGUCGGUCAUGUUGGCUCGUGCCGCCAUGUGGAACGCUUCAGUGUUCAGGAGUAAGGGACUACUUCCUGUGGAGACGGUCAUGGAGGAGUACCUCAAAUAUGCGAUCCGGUACGACAAUCAUGUCUUCAACACAAAAUACUGUCUGUGCCAGAUGCUGAGAGAUAAGGUGGAGUCUCCUCAGGGGAAGCAGUUGCAUGCGUCUCAGACCAACGCAGAAAUCAGCGAGGUGUACGGGCUGCAGGAGUUUUACCAGCAGACCGAGGAGCAGCUGCAGGCCAGGAGGGAUGCCUCGCAGAGCAGCAGCCAGCCGGACCGACUCGUGAUGGACGGAGACGUCGCCACCAUGGCCAUCAAGUUUGAGAGGAGAGAGUAUCCUCCUCAGAUCACUCCCAAGAUGUUCCUGCUGGAGUGGAGCCGCAAGGAGAAGCUGGAGCAGCCGCAGUAUGAGACGGUGCAGCGCUCUCGGGAUCGAGCCUUUCAGUCGACUGUGACUGUAGCAGAGAAGAAAUACAGAUCUUCACUGUGGGAGAAGUCGAAGAAAUUUGCCGAACAAGCGGCCGCCAUCGUGUGCCUGCGAGCUCUUGGAAUACCAGAGGGUCGCAUUAGUGAAGAAGACUCCGGCCUGGUCUGCAAGAGGAAGAGGGAGAGGAAGAUGAACGGCACCACAGAGGAGGAAGGGAGCAAGAAGCGACAUCUGGUGGAUGAUAUCCAACAAGAAACAGACAACUCAAAGACUGCUGCAGUGGCCAACGGUGACCAUCACAAACCGGACACGCCUCCAGAACAACCGUAGAGUUCAUGAACAGUUAAAAACAGAUGAGAAGCUUCUGUGACCACUGACGGACGUUUGAGUGAACUGGAAAAAAAAAUCAAGGGAUUUUAAAAAGCAACUUUAUUUGUUUAUUUCUCUGCACCAAAAAGCUCCUCAGUUCAUUUUUGACCUGCGUCGUCUUCGGUCCAUACGUUUAUGAUAAUCCUAAAAAAUGAACUUUAGGUUUUUUUUGCUCUCAAACUCAAACAGCAGCUGCUCGACUGAAUUUUCCAUCCUUUAAGUGAUUAUGCUGAGAAACUUUAUCAAAAUAAGAAACACACCAAGCAGGGGAUAGUUUAACUUUUAGCAGUGAAUUGCGACCAGAGAAUACCAGCAGCUAAUCAGUAAACAGAGGCCCUUGUAACAACGGCGGCAUCAUGCUGUUACAGCGUGUGAUUUUAGACAACAUGAUGACGUCGUACAAGCAUAAGAGGCGUGACGGGCUUAACAUUCAACACAACAGCAUCAGCCUCUAGUGCGACAAAUAACAUACGUGUUGGCAGUGUUUUAUAAAUAAUAACAUUUAUAACAACAAUUAUUUACUGUCCCUGUUAUAUGGUGGCUGAUCUUGUCCUCUGCCCACAGAGUAAGGAGCUCCUGGACAUCAUCGUUCUCCUAAAUUGUGGACAUAUUCAGCCACUGUAAUCGUUUGAGUUAGCUGCUAACUGCUAUCACCUACUUUUAAGGGGCUGUACACAUGCCACGUCUUUCACCGCCUGGAAAAUGCGGAAUCAGGCACUGAGGGCUACUCUUGUGCCUACUCUGCGCGCUCUUUCAGGGCUCAGAGGCAAGGUGUGUCUGCGGUUGCUAAGCGACCAUGACAAGCACCAUAUCAUAGGCUACUUACCUGAAAUCCGGAGUGCAGGAACACGCCUGGUCUCAGAAAAAAAUGUAAUUAUUAUCACGAUGUGUUUUCAGCGUGAAUGUCUCAAAAUAAUGAGAAGCUUUUGAGACAGUUUCACAUGAAUGACUCACAGGAUCUAAUUUUUUUUCAUCGCAUUGGCAGAAAUGUUCAAACUGGGAUCUGCCCAGUGCAUAUUACAGUCUUCCACUUGGUCUGAUGGGAGAGACUCGGCAUUCUUCACACUUCCUGAUUUUUUUUAUUUUAAGAAUAAAAGCGUUGUUUUUUAUUGCUGGUAACUGAGAUGUGGAUUUGCAGCCAGCAGGAGGCAGAGUUGAACCUUCACCCUUUCAGAUAUUUCAGAAAUUAAUUUUAGCCUUGGUGCCUUAACAGAAGAACUUUUAUUUUUAAAUCCUGAUUUUGGAUGGACCUUCAACUCAUCAUGUGUUUCUUGAUUUCAUCCUUUAGUCUCUGCUGUACACGACUGAAUAUCGUCUUAAGUUUAACUGGAUUUGUCGUCAGUACGGUUCACUGAAGUAGAAAAUAUGGUGCCAUAAAUUUCAGUUUGUACCCACCUCUGGGUCUUAUCUGUAAAAGCGUUCACUUGAAAAACCCUCCACCUCCUGCAGACACUGUUGGUUUCAUGCUGUGUUAUAAUAUCUGAUAGUGUAGCUGCAGUCUGAUGGAGUUAACGUCUUAACUCAGUAUAUUAAAACCACACGUAAGAGACAAACUGUUGCAUUCAGGUGACGUGUUCCUUCAUUCUGAUGAACAAAACCAGCCUGAGCACAGCAAUAAAAUGAUUAAAUGACAGGUAUUUUAAUAAUAAUUAUUAAUUAAUUUUAAUUUAAUGCAGCCUUUGAUCUGAUGCAGUGGUGGAAUAUAACUAAGUCCAUUUUAAGUGCUGUACUUAAGUAUACAUUUGAGGUACUUGUACUUUAUUUAUUUUCUUUGCAUGCCAUAUUAUACUUGCCCACUAGAGGGAAAUAUUGUGCUUCAUUACAUUUAUGUGACAGCUUUAAUUUCUUUAUAAAUUAUGACGUUACAUACAAAACAUCCAAAGAGUGUCUAAAAUAUUAAUUAAAAUACAAGUACAGCUGAAACAGUUAGUGCAUUAAUCAAUUAGUCGACAGAAAAAUGCUUUUCUUCUUCUUCUUCUUCUUCUUAGUAGUAGUAGUAGUAGUAGUAGUAGUAGUAGUAGUAGUAGUAGUAGUAGUAGUAAUAGUAAUAGUAAUAAUCUAAUAAAGCCAUAUACAAUAGUGUCACAGUCACAGUGGACAUUUUAUACUUUAAAUACUUUAACUACAUUUUAUUAAUUAUAGUUACAUACCUGUAUGGAAGUAACAUUUUAAUGCAGUACUUUUACUUGUAACGGAGUAUUUCUACAGUGUAGUAUGAGUACUUUUACCCCAGUAAAGGAUCCCGACCUUUCCUCCACCAUCAGUCUUCAAUUAAAGUCUUCAAGUCCUGAACUGAACCUGAGAGACGGAGACACCCAGCUACUGACGUCAUCACCGAGCUGGCUAAUGGUACUUUCAAGGACACUGGGAGAUUUGAUAAUGAUUAUGUAUUUGAGCGCGCAGAAAAACAACACAGGCUGUUAACGGGUAUCAGAUGCUUAUAUUCAAUGCGUUUUUAAAGACCUUUUAAAAAUGUUUCUUUUAACCAAAUUGAAAGCAGAUUUUUGAAUAAAUCUUGUUUUUUUUAUUGAAGCUUUGGAGGGAAGUAUAGAGGUAAAUAGACCAAGUGUGUAUAUAUGUGGUGCUGUGCAGAGGUAUGUUUUCUAAUAAUAAUAAUAAUAAUAAUAAUAAUAAUAUGGCUAUUUGAGUGGCAUAGGUUAAUCUACAUUUUACCAACAGGAAAAUGCAAAUAUACAGUACAAAGAUGGUAUUCACUGGGAGGUUUAAAGAAAUGCUGAACUACAAUAUUCCAGUCAUUGGUAGCUGUGUUGUAAUUCUGUCUGUGUGGACAUUUGUCAUUUGUCCAUCAGUUUACUCAAAACUAAAAGGAAAAAAAGUUAAAUGCCUGAGGAAAGUAAUGUUUUUGUCACUAUUAUAAACCAAAAAGGGGGAAAAAGCAGAAAGUUUGCAGAAAUGUGGACUUUGUUGCAGAAGAGCUGGCCUCAUUAUGAAAAAGCUACAUAAAUGAAAUUACAUAAAAUAUUUGUGGCAUUUCAGAUGGCACAAAUUUAAAUUUGGGAUUAUUAAAUGACUUUUAAGGCCUAAUAUUUAUAAAAUUGGAUUGAAGACACCUGUAACAAAGCUGUACUGCAACGCUGUGACCCUGAAACACAAUUCAUCAAGAAAACAAUAAAUGAAUAAGUACAAAAACAGAAAUAAAUCUACCAGUUUCACUACCCAUAUCAUGAAAACGUGAAUUAUUAAGAAUUUAAAAAUACAACAUUUGGGAGAGGAAUUGAGAAAUUGAAAAUAUUCGAAGAAAGCUUGGUUAUAACAUAUAUUAGGAAUUUAAGUUUGACACUUCAAGUUCUUCAUUCUUAUCAUACACACAAGAAUAACAGAAACAGUUGAUGGUGAUGAAAAUCUUAGGGACUGUUCUUUACUUAUCAGAGGAGGAGGUGGCUGGGGUGUGACUUCUGACAACUUGCCAUAAAUCAGUUAUUACAUUUUUAGAACGUAUCCUUUGAUGUUUGAAAGUUAAAAGUUGAAGAUGAAAUUGUGGAGUUGAAACCCCCCUCCCUGCGGAUUUUCACUCUCAUCAUUCACGCUGGUUAGUUUGUGCAAAUGGUUUAUUUUUGGCCAAAU